GCAUCUGGAGUUACAGUGAAUGAUGAAGUCAUCAAAGUUUUUAAUGAUAUGAAAGUAAGGAAAUCUUCUACACAAGAGGAGAUCAAAAAGCGAAAGAAAGCAGUUCUCUUCUGUUUAAGCGAUGACAAAAGACAAAUAAUUGUAGAGGAAGCAAAGCAGAUCUUGGUGGGUGACAUUGGUGAUACUGUAGAGGACCCCUACACAUCUUUUGUGAAGUUGCUACCUCUGAAUGAUUGCCGAUAUGCUUUGUACGAUGCCACAUACGAAACAAAAGAGUCUAAGAAAGAAGACCUAGUAUUUAUAUUCUGGGCUCCUGAAAGUGCACCGUUAAAAAGCAAGAUGAUUUAUGCUAGCUCUAAAGAUGCCAUUAAAAAGAAAUUUACAGGUAUUAAACACGAGUGGCAAGUAAAUGGCUUGGAUGAUAUUAAGGACCGUUCAACACUUGGAGAGAAACUGGGGGGCAAUGUAGUAGUUUCACUGGAAGGGAAACCGUUAUAAAACGACAGUCAAGUGCCAUCCGGAUCUUAAGGGGCUUUCAUUUUUCCAGCUCAGUCCAUUGGAAUAGUAUUAGGUUUUGUUUUUAUUUUUUUCCCUUUCCACUGGACCCUUCCAACACAAUGAAUGAAGGAGAUACCAUUCAUUUAAGCAGCUUGUCAGUGAUUGCCAUUAGACUGUUUAACACGGUUGCUUUUAAGUCCAGCCCGAGGAAUGCCUUCCCACCUUUAGCCAAAACUGCUGGUUACAUGCCUCCCUUGCUGCAAGCACUACAACGAAUGUGAUUGUCAAUGUGAAUACCUUAGAAUACUGCAGAGGAUAAGCUAAUUGAAUUGCCUUGAAAGUAUUAGCCACUGGUCAGAUGGUAAACUUUUUUCAGUAUUAUUUAUAGUUGCACUUGAUUGCAGUUCUGUGAGGCGCUCGGCGUUCAUACACCUCACCUGCCUUGGCAAGCCUAGUUUUGUGACAUGGCAGCACAAAUAUAACACUAUGCAUUGAAAGCACUUUUUUUGUAAUGAGUUUAAUCCUCUGAAAAGAAUGCCAAUUAAGUUUCAUUAACUGUGUCAUCAGUUUAUCCUAGUACCUCAGUGUUCAUUCCUGUUACCUGCGUAUCUUAAAUAGCUGUUACAGUAUUAAUGCCUUUGUGUUUUUUGUUGAGUGUACACUACUGAAUGAGUGUAGAAGUUUUAUGUUUACCAUGUGAGUCUUGCAACACUACAGAUAGUUCGAAUAUCAGUCAUGAUGGCAAUUUCUGUAAAAAAGAGCCUUAAAUGGAACAUUGUUUUGAGAUCAAACUCCCUACCCUCACAAAAAUGGCCACGUUGCAAUAAAAAGUGUGGCAUAUUACAGAAUGUUGCCUUGUUUUCCUUGGAAAUUUUGCAAAAUGUUACGUGGAACAACUUUUAGGUAAAGUUAUUAAUGUCUGCAUUGGUCAUUUUGAAGACUUUUUUGUACAACAUUCAUGCAUGAUAUUUUCUAGAUUUUUGGAUUUCUUUGGUUUAAAAAAAUACCCUAGAGCCACCUAAUAUAAAAUACCAUCCUUUAAGAGUGGUACUUUUAUAAACAUGUUUAUUUAUUUUAAUAAUGGAAAUUAGAGGGUUUUUUGCACUUUGACAUAAGUAUUCUUGAAUAUUUAGUUUUCUGAAUAAAUUUUUUUUAUUCACAUUUACAUUUUUGAAUAGGAAGUUUUUCGUGCUUAUUUGGUCAUAAUGAAAAUAAGUUACAAAAUGUUCUUUAAAAGUUUAAUAUUUCUGAUGUUUAGAAACAUUGAGCUACUGGUCCUUAAUAUAUUUUCCAAAUUGAAUUGGAGAAAGGAAUUGGUACCGCAAUCUUAAACAUUAGUAGUGGGAUUUGGCCUUAGUCCAGAUUGCACUCCUUAUAGAGAAUUUGAUCUACUCAGUGUGAGCACUUUGCUGUUAGCCAGAGCUAUUUAUGGCAAACACAUGCUUUUGUAUCUUGUCAUAGUUAUCCACAAAUGGCAAAACUGGAUUUGAUUCUACUGGUAUGCAAAACAGGCAUGCUAGUAAGCAGUCAUGGCUCAGAAUUUAACCCCAUAGUUCUAAAGAAUUCUUUUAUCAGAAAACAGGAAAUGAAAAUAGCCCUUUUUAAAAAUGUAUUAAAUAUGUGAAAAUGAAGUGUAAUUAGAUUGUCUCCAUAUUUUGAAAGAUUUUUCAGGUGAGACUAAUAAACAGGUUAAAUGUCUAGGCUUGCAUUUAUAAUUGUAUGAAUGGCUUGGGAUCCUUUUUGCCCUGAGCAAUUUUAUUUCAGGCUUCCAGCUGUCCCUGUGAGUUGUGCUGGAAAUUUCAGUGGCUUUUUGGUAAGGCCAAAUUAAUAAGCAAAACAUGAGAAUAUUAAUGUAUCCUAAACCAUAUAUGUAACAGAUACACAUACCAUGGAGAUUUUCAUUAUUUCCUUGUUCUAAUAAUGAACUAAAAAGCAAAUCAGUUAUGUAAUAUCUUUUGUUUCUAUAGCUGAUUCGAUGUCCUAUGUCUUUAUAUAAUAGAGAUUAGAUACUUUUAUUUUUUUUUAGAUACUGCUUUAAACUGAUAACUUUGAUUUGUUAGAUUGACAAAAACAUUAAUGUAGUUCAUCUUUGAACUACACCUUUGUGCAUAGAACCAAAAUAAUGAUAUAAUUAAUAAUGGAUCACAUGUUGAGACUAAUUUGGCAUUUGAAAUGAUCUUAUUUUAUAAUCAUUUACAGUGAAACAAUGUUUCAGUUAGCUUUAAAAAGUAUAUGGUGCUAAUUAGUAAAAUAUUGAGGACAAUAUUUUACUGCUGGCUUGCAGAAAUUAUAAGUGUUUAAAAAAUAAAAUAUAUGAAAUAUUUAAA